GCCUCAAAGGUUCUGUGGGACAAUAUACAGACAUGGAAGACACGCUGAAAGAAGGUUUGCUCCACAUGCAGCAGCAGAAGUUCAGGAAGAAGUGGAAGAGAGUUUGGCUUAUCCUCUACUCCCAGAGCAAUCAGUCUGUUUCUCGUCUUGAGUACUUUGAGUUCAAAGAUGGCUCCACUUUAUCAGAGAUGCAUAUUACAAGAAGGAUAGACAGAAAGUUCAUUCGAAUGAGCGACUGUGUCAGAAUAUCUGAGGUUGUUGUAGAAAACUGCUCAAAGGAUUCAAGCGCCUUUUCAGUUGAGACAACCACGAAACUGUAUACGUUUUUAACUGAGAAAACUGACUGCAAAGAAUGGGUACAGAAACUCACAGAAACUGCUUUUCAACAUCCUCAAGAGGAUUCAGAUGCAAUGGCAAUAAGAAUGAAAGAAAAUGAACUCUACUGUUCACAUGAAGGAGUAAAUGAGUAUAAAGUCUCAGUAAGAAGAACAGAUGCUUCAGAGAGAUGUGAACUCAGUGGAAUGUAUAUUCUGAAGGCAGGCAAAGAGGCACUGAUUUUGAAAAAUAUCAUCCCUGAGCAAGUAAUAUAUGAAUGGCCUUAUAUGUUUCUAAGAAGAUUUGGUGGUGACAAGAGAAUGUUUUCAAUUGAAUCUGGAAGAAGGUGUAAAUCUGGUCCAGGCAAGUUUGAAUUCGAAACUAAGCAGGGGAAACAGAUUUUUAUGUCUGUAAAUGCAGCUGUAAAGGUGCAAAAGGACGAUAACGAAGAGGAGCGUUGCAACUCUGAUCCUUUAGAAAGUUACAAUUUAUUCCCUGCAGACUCUGUUACUUGCAAACCAUAUUCAGGUAGCACACGGUCUCAUAAGGAGCAUGCUGUUGAACGUAAAUCUCAACUAUCCAAAAAAGUAUCUUCUAUAAUAUCAGAUGUUUCUGAAGGCAUGCAUUAUUUGUGUUAUGACGCUUCUCAAGAUAAUCAAGCAUGUAGUUCACUAAGUAAAUCACCAGUCAGGCUUCAGUACAGUUUCCCAUCGUCAUCUCUGUUUGCAUCACAUGGUAAAGUAAAUUCUAAAUUAGCAGCAGACACAGCAGAGAAUCGGACUACAAUAUAUUCAGAAACCAGUCCAGGAGGGGUUCAUCUGACACUCCCUCUGGAACCACCAAACAGUACUAAAUCCAUGCCUAGGCAAAUAGGAAGACAGCAAAGCAGCAUUACACUUUGCAGAGAGGAUACCUUACCACACAAAAUCAAUGAGCCUUUUUUCAGGUUUCCCAGCAAAAUACGCUCACUUAACAAUGAACGUAAUUCUGUUAAAAAGAGUAUACCUUCUAUUGUAAUGGCUGAGCAUCCUGAAUCUCUUUAUGAUACCGUCUACAGUGGAUCUAAUAGACCAGAACACAAGAAUGUGUUUUGUCCAAAAACAAAUCACAAGAAGAAUGAGCACAUAUAUGAAGUUAGUGAUGAUUCUUUACUUUACGAUGAAGCAAAAGAAUUAAGUGAAGCAUGGAAAGUGCAAGGUAGACUGAAUGACUCCUUAGGUUAUGAAUAUCCAUACAAUCCUUCUGCAGAUGACUAUGCUGUACCAAAACAGAUGAAUAAAGGUGCUCCUCCCAGACCACCUAAAAAUAUACCAUCUCCAAGAGGAAGCAGGCAAAAAAGUGAUUAUGUCAAUGUGGAAUCAAUCAUCUACAAUAGGCAUUCAUGCAAUGACUCAUAAUUUGUAAAAAUUGGAAGCAGUUCCUAUUUUUUAUUAUACACCUGGGAGUUUAUAUAAAUACCAGAAAAAACUGAGCAUUGUGUAAAUAUGAAAUAAUAAGUACUCGGCAAAUAUUCUAGGUUUUCAAAAAUUCUAUUUGUGUAUUUAUAACAUAUAUGUCGGCAAAUGUAAUAUAGUAUUUCAUUCUGAUAUCUUACAUUUUAGAAAAACCAUUUGUAAGGGGAUCAAUUGUGAUUAUUCAUGAUUAACUAAUAAAAUAUAAUUUUUUUAA